AUGGAACCGAACACACCCGAAAAGGACCCUCGCUCCAAAUUAGCUGACGAAGUUCUCAGCGUCGGUAAGCGGGCGUUCGAUCCAUCAUCCGACGCUGCUUCUCGAGCAGCCGCUCAAGAAGACUUUCAAAAGCUCAUCGACGGGAACGGCUCUUGGAAUUUGCUCCCUGUCUUGAACGCCUUGAUCAAGCCGAAAAUCGCGCCAGCAUGGCUACGUCCGGAGCUCAUGAAGAUACUGAUCCUGGUUCCCCUUCGGCCUGACGGCGUGAGGGGAACCAUGGAGUUCAUCUUCUCAGUGCACCCGAGCAGCACCCUCAAAGUAUCUGAGGCAGCCACUCCCCAGAAACGGGGCGCCAACAUCACGCAGGAGGCCAUGGCCGUGGUCACCCGCAUUCUCACUUCCCCACCAGCAAUUGUAUCACCUGAAAAUUGGUUCUCAAAGGUUGCGCCCCAGUUGAUCGUGCUGUUGGAUGGAACCGAAGGCGCAGAGCUCAGUGUAGCAGCGGCACAGAUUAUUAUGUUUGGGGUACUGGGAAGAAAGCAGUUUGGCGCGCCUGGAACACCCGGUUGGAAUGUCUUCGUUGAGCCUCUCUUGCACAACUUGGAUCCAUCUCGCGACAGCAAAAGUGCUACGCCCCACAUCAAAGCUGAAGAAACCGAGAUUGUUGAUUUAAGUAAAAAGGCCGUCCUGGUUACUGCCGACGACCUCUUCGUAACACUGCGCCGCAUGUCAUCGAUGAUAAACUCCACACCGUACCCAGCACAGACCAAAAGAAUCCUUGACCCGGUUCUCGCGCAGCUCUGGGCUCUUUCAUGUCAGAGUAAGGGCAACAAAAGGACCGAGGACCGAUACUCGAAGACCUCGAGAUCAUUGCUUCAUACGUUUCUGAAACUGAGUGUUUCGGUGUCGAAGCUACAUGAGGUUGUCGAAAAUUUGCUGUAUCAAGGAGAGUAUACGAAAAUGCCACAGUGGCGGUAUCAGUCAACCCCUGAUGGUGACCUUCAAAUAUGUGCCAUCCCGCUUGGCCAGGGAUCACAGUUGCCAGAACUCGACUGGGCCGAAAUCCAGACUCGCUCCGAAGCCCUUAUACGUCUCUUGACGGCGAGUUGCACACCAGAAGAGACAUCGACAUUCUUUCUGGAACUCCUCGGCCGAUGGUUCCAGUCAACAGUCACAGCCCGAAGGCCAGAGAUUCUCGCCAAAAUGGAAGACAGCCAGGCUCAGGAUGAUAUCAAGCAACUACUCGAGAUUACAAUCUUGCAGAAAAUGCUUGAACAAAUCCCAGACAAGCUGAUCAGUCGUGUAACGCAAGUCACGGAGCUUGUGGCUCAGAUCCUGGAUCCCAGCGGCCUCCAGGACCAGUCUGACGAUAUCAUCGCGGUUGCUUUAAGCUUGUUCAACUUAGUCAUCACAGCCCCGAGCUUCAAAAAGUCAAGUCUGAAAGCUGAGGUUCUACAAGCUCUUGAAACAUCCCUUGCCAAACUUGGCGCGGCGGGACGCCCUGAGGUUUCCCCUACGGCCAAGAACCUAACGCUCUUGCUGAGAUACCGUGAGGCUAUCGAUCCCACAGAGGAGGGUGCAUUUGUGCCCAGCGAUAAGCAGAUUGAGGACAGGAGAACGUACAAGCUUGCGCUGGAGUACAUCACUCAAGCAGAUAAUCCUCCGCCGAUCCGCUCCGAGGGGAUCAAUCUUUUAUCCGGCCUAGUGGCCUCUGAUAGUUCCGUCUUGGACGUACAAGCCACUCUCGUUCUCCUUUCGUCUCUCCUUCAAGACAGCGAGGACUUCAUCAAUCUCAGGGUUGUGAAGCUUCUUACCCAGCUGGCAAACAAACACCCUAAAGCAACCACACAAGAGAUCCUUGAGUAUUACUUGGAUUCGAAGGAAACAUCGUCAACAGAUGUUCGUCUGCGCUUCGGAGAGGCCUUGGUUCAAGUGAUUGAGCGCCUCGGCGAGACUUUUGCUGGUGACGUUGCGAGGCGCGUGUCUGAAACUUUGCUGUCGAUUGCUGGAAGGCGAGGUCAUCGACCAAAGACGGAGGCAAAGCAGUCCCGGGAGAAGCGACUGCAGGACAUGAAGAAGAAGCAGGCAGAAGACGCCUGGGGAGGAGAUGUUCCAGAUCUUAGUGAUGAUAUGACCGAAGAAGAGUUGGCCAAGAGCGAGAUACUGACCCAGAUUGUCGAGGGUUGGGAAAGCAAGAGAGGCAGCGAAGACGUUCGAAUGCGAGCAUCUGCUCUUUCAAUCUUCUCCGUCGGUCUCGAAACCAAUAUUGCGGGCAUUGGGCCGGACCUCGUUUCCAUUGCGGUGGAUCUCUGCAUCAAUGUGUUAACGUUGGAGCGAGAAAUCGAAAAGGGCAUCAUUCGGCGUGCAGCAAUCUUGGUUGUUCUAGGAUUCGUCAAGGCACUUGAUUCUGCCAAGCAAUCUGGUCGGAAGCUCGGUUUCGGAUUAACUGACCAGAGUCGGGAGGAUAUCACUAGGACCCUGAAGUACGUCGCAGUCACGGACAACGACGGUCUAGUCCAGCAGCACGCUCGAGAUGUGAUUGAGAGUUUGGAGAAUUGGCAAUUGUCUUCAAUGGUCGCUUCGGGAGUCAAUACCGGAGAACCAAGCAUUGGACGAUUGGCAGGCUUGACCAUUGACCAAAACCGAUCACUACCUUCUGUCAAUACGAAGCGUCCUAGAAUAGAAGAAAUUGAGUAG